AUGGCCUCGACAAUGGCUUCCCGCAGGCUCGCAUUGAACCUGCAGCACGCUACGCGCAGCCGCACCGCCAUCAACGCCAUCAAGAAUGGCUCGCUGUCGCGCUUCCGCGGUCUCGCAACCCCCGUCAGCCACGGCUCCAAGACUGAGAGCACCACCCUCAGCAACGGCUUCACCAUUGCCACCGAGCACUCGCCCUACGCCCAGACCUCGACCGUCGGUGUCUGGAUCGAUGCCGGCAGCCGCGCCGAGACCGACAAGACCAACGGCACUGCUCACUUCCUCGAGCACCUUGCCUUCAAGGGAACCCAGAAGCGCAGCCAGAGCCAGCUCGAGCUCGAGAUUGAGAACAUGGGUGGCCACCUGAACGCCUACACUUCGAACACCGUUUACUACGCCAAGUCGUUCAACUCGGACGUCCCCAACACCGUCGACAUUCUUUCCGACAUUCUUCAAAACUCCAAGCUCGAGACCCAGGCCAUCGAGCGCGAGCGCGACGUCAUCCUUCGCGAGCAGGAGGAGGUUGACAAGCAGCUCGAGGAGGUUGUUUUCGACCACUUGCACGCCACUGCCUUCAUGAACCAGCCCCUUGGUCGCACCAUCCUCGGCCCCAAGGAGAACAUCCAGUCCAUCAGCCGUGACGACCUCACCAACUACAUCAAGACCAACUACACCGCUGACCGCAUGGUCCUCGUCGGCUCUGGUGGUGUCCCGCACCAGGAGCUCGUCCAGCUCGCCGAGAAGUACUUCAGCAACAUCCCCAUGGCUCCCCCAACUUCGACCGCCCAGGCCAUUGCCAACGCACAGAAGGAGAAGCCCGACUUUGUUGGUUCCGAGGUCCGUAUCCGUGACGACACCAUCCCCACCGCCAACAUCGCCAUUGCCGUCGAGGGUGUCAGCUGGAAGGACGACGACUACUUCACCGCCCUGGUCACUCAGGCCAUCGUCGGUAACUGGGACCGCGCCCUGGGCAACUCGCCCUACCUCGGCAGCAAGCUCAGCACCUUCAUCCACGAGCACAAGCUCGCCAACAGCUUCAUGAGCUUCUCCACCAGCUACAGCGACACUNNGGGUAAGCACUCAUUCUACUCUUUCUACGUUUGCCCAUCACUAACACGACACAGUCUCUGGGGUAUCUACCUCGUCACCGACGCCGUUACCCGUAUCGACGAUCUUGUCCACUUCACCCUCCGCGAGUGGUCGCGCCUGUCAUUCCAGGUUUCCGAGGCUGAGGUCGAGCGCGCCAAGGCCCAGCUCAAGGCUUCGAUCCUUCUCUCGCUCGACGGCACCACCGCCGUCGCCGAGGACAUCGGUCGCCAGAUCAUCACCACCGGUCGCCGUCUCGCACCCGAGGAGGUUGAGCGUGUCGUUUCCCAGAUCACCGCCAAGGAUGUCAUGGAAUUCGCCAAGCGCAAGCUCUGGGACCGCGACAUUGCCAUCUCCGCUGUUGGUCAGAUCGAGGGUCUGCUCGACUACUCGAGAAUCCGCAACGACAUGACCAGAAUGCUGUCGUAA